GCGGCGGCGGCAGGCUGCGGCAGCUGUAGAGCCGGGCGGGGCUUUCGGCCGCGGCGGGGAGGCGGGGAGGAGGCGGCGGCGGAAUAUGGCGGACGGCGUGGACCACAUAGAUAUCUACGCCGAUGUGGGAGAGGAAUUCAACCAGGAGGCUGAGUAUGGUGGGCAUGAUCAAAUAGAUCUGUAUGACGACGUCAUCUCUCCAUCUGCCAAUAACGGCGAUGCUCCAGAGGAUCGUGAUUAUAUGGACUCUCUCCCACCAUCUGUUGGAGAUGAUGUAGGCAAAGGAUCAGCACCAAAUGUUGUCUACACGUAUACAGGAAAGAGAAUUGCAUUGUACAUUGGGAACCUUACUUGGUGGACAACAGAUGAAGAUUUAACUGAAGCAGUUCAUUCACUUGGUGUAAAUGAUAUUUUGGAGAUAAAAUUUUUUGAAAACCGAGCUAAUGGCCAAUCUAAGGGGUUUGCUCUUGUAGGUGUGGGAUCUGAGGCAUCUUCCAAAAAACUAAUGGAUCUGUUGCCUAAACGAGAAUUGCAUGGUCAAAAUCCUGUUGUUACUCCUUGUAAUAAGCAGUUUCUGAGUCAAUUUGAGCUGCAGUCCAGAAAAACUACACAGUCAGGCCAGAUGUCUGGUGAAGGCAAAGCUGGUCCUCCUGGAGGCAGUUCACGGGCAACGUUUCCACCAAGUAACAGAGGGAGGGGUCGUUUUCCAGGCGCCCUUCCAGGAGGGGAUAGAUUUCCUGGACCAGCUGGACCAGGAGGACCCCCACCACCUUUCCCAGCUGGACAGACACCUCCACGUCCACCCCUAGGUCCUCCAGGCCCUCCAGGUCCUCCUCCACCUGGCCAGGUUCUACCUCCUCCACUAACGGGUCCCCCUAAUCGUGGUGACCGUCCCCCUCCUCCAGUUCUGUUUCCAGGGCAACCCUUUGGUCAACCUCCACUGGGCCCACUUCCCCCUGGCCCUCCACCUCCAGUUCCAGGCUAUGGUCCUCCACCUGGUCCUCCACCCCCACAACAGGGCCCUCCUCCACCUCCAGGUCCUUUCCCCCCUCGUCCACCUGGUCCGCUAGGGCCACCCCUGACAUUGGCUCCUCCUCCUCACUUACCUGGGCCUCCGCCAGGUGCUCCCCCACCAGCUCCACACGUGAAUCCAGCUUUCUUCCCCCCGCCAGCCAACAGUGGCAUACCUACAUCAGACAGCCGUGGUCCACCACCUUCAGACCCAUAUGGCCGACCUCCACCUUAUGACAGAGGUGAUUAUGGUCCACCAGGCAGGCGUUUCACUGGAAAUAACAUGCCCAUAAGAGAACAAUUACAUAUGCCAUUGUAUUGGAGACAAACGAAAAAUAAUACUCAAAACGCAGGGAGAGAAAUAGAUGCUGCAAGGACGCCUUUAAGUGAAGCAGAAUUUGAAGAAAUCAUGAAUAGAAACAGAGCUAUCUCUAGCAGUGCCAUUUCAAGAGCUGUAUCAGAUGCAAGUGCUGCGGAGUAUGGAAGUGCUAUAGAAACCUUGGUGACUGCAAUUUCAUUAAUUAAACAGUCCAAAGUAUCUGCUGAUGAUCGUUGCAAAGUACUUAUUAGCUCUCUGCAAGAUUGCCUCCAUGGAAUUGAGUCCAAGUCUUAUGGUUCUGGGUCAAGAAGACGUGAGCGAUCAAGAGAGAGAGACCACAGCAGAUCAAGAGAGAAGAGCCGGCGCCACAAAUCUCGUAGCAGAGAUCGUCAUGAUGAUUAUUACCGGGAAAGAAGCCGUGAACGUGAGAGACAUCGUGAUCGCGAUAGAGACCGCGACAGAGAGCGCGAUAGAGAACGAGAGUAUCGUCAUCGUUAAGAGCAAAAUCUACAUCACAAAUUUUGACACAUUACAGCUGAAGGAAGAGGAACACCUCACCAGACAAGAAACUUAACUUCACGGAAAGAGGCUUGUCCAGCAGUUUGCUUCUUGUGAUCGAACAGAGCCUGUAAAGAUUCAUGGAUAAAAUGAACAGGAAUAGAUCUGAAUAAGGCAAAUCUGCAUACAUGGUAACCAGUAGCUCUCUUACCUUUUUAUGUUGCUUAGCUGUUUUAUUUGAAGGAACCUGUGUGAUUUAAAACGUAUAGCUUUUUGCAACUUUAUUACUGGUUAUAUACAUUUGACAAUUAAAAUGUGCAAGCAAUUGAAAAAAGUCUAGUAAAUGCUUGUUUUUAUAGUAGUUCUUGUUUAAAUGUUCAAAUGAUAAUGUCUGUAAAGAGCAUCAAUCUGAUUACAAUAGAUGUAGUGUUGUAAUAAACUGUUUAAUGGGGCUGAUGUGUAAAGCUGUUCCAAGUUAUUUGAUGUUUACACCUCAGGGAGCGUCUUGUGUUCAGCAAUAUUUAAUGGUGUUAUAACAAUGUCUCUAACAAAACAUAGCAUAUUUUUUGCAUAUGCAUCAACUUGUUGUAUUUGCUGAAUGAUUAGCAGUUGUCAAACACUUGAUAUUGAUACUAGAAUAAUGGUUACAUUUUAUUUUAAUUUGUAGCUUUUUUGCAUAGAUGGCUUGUGAAUUUGCUGAAAGGUGCGCAAAUCUGUAAAAACUGUAGAUUAACAUUCUGUAAUAAUUCAAAUAGACUGAACUUUCUUUAAAGAAUAUGAAGUCUGAAGUUGAAUUCUGGUUUACUGAAGCCUGUCUGUUGCAAUAUGCAACACUCAAUACUUUGUUCAAGCAUACAAUUGGCCACUUUUAAAUAAUGCUGCAAUAAUUUACAGUUUUUAGUGCUAAUGCUGUGUCCUGCCUCUAGAACACUAGUCAUUCUGUACCUAGAUAUAUAUGCCAGUUAAGUAACUGAAGAAAAUGUUUCUCCUUAAAAAUAAUAAUCAAGAUUUCAAAUAAGCUUUUUUGAGCAACAAAACUUCCUGUCCAUAAAAAGAAAAUGCAUACAUACCCCUUGUAUAACUAAUAGUGUAAUAAUUUGCCCUAACAAAUAGUUUGUGAUCUAAUGCACCCCACAAACUAAAGAGAGCACAUUUUAAUCAUAGGUUUAGCACAUGUUGCUUGAUUGUGGACUGUUUUCUUUUUAAAAUACUUUUUUUUCUCAAAUUUUGCUAGUUCCUGCCUACUUUCUAAUUAUUUCAAUUAUAGUUUUAAAAGUUUGUUGAUCAAAUAUUUGAAGCAUUAUGACAUGUAAUACUAAGUAAAAUUACUUGUGGUAUACGAAUACUUGGAUAUUAAAUUAAAUGAAGACCACUUUACAUGUUUUAAUAUCAAACUCAAGUUUACCAUCAAGCAUACCCUUAACAGAACCGUGACCAAUCCCAACUUCCUAGCCAGUGCACUUGUGUAAUAGAUGUGUUUACAAACAUGUUCGUCACAUUCCCACUUUACUUAUUUAGGUGUACAUAUAAAAUAUUUUAACUGUAUAACAAAGACACAGUGUAUCAGUCAGACCUUAGAGACAUGUAUAAAAUCACACUGUUUGUGUCUUACUAAACAUGGAAGCACUCAAGUUACUGUCUCAAAGGCUGUAUCCCAAUACAACUAAAGAUUUAUAUAAUUGAAAGAAUCCGCUUGACAUUUGCAGAGCUCAGGUCAAUGCAGCUGAUUUACUCUUUCCUGGCCAAUAUUGUUUGACUUGUGUUUAAUAACUGGAGUAGAUGGUUAUUUUAACUAUUAGCCAUUUUGUACGCUGACAGUUUUCUUAUGGUCCAUUCAUGCUUUGUUAAUAGAUUUCCUAAUUUGCCACGUUUCUUAUGUGAGAUGUUGGGCUUACUUUGAAAUAUUAUUUUGAACCCACAAUGCUUUACACAACUUGUUUAUCUGACAAUAACGCCUAAAUUCAUUUUACUUUUGGGUUUGAUUAUACACAGAAAUCAAAGUGAAGUGAAGCAAAAUAUCAGGGAUUUCUCAUUUGCAUGACUUUUUAGUCCUACGAAACCUGAUAAUGUAUACAUUGGGGUUGUUUGCUUUGUGCAGGGAUGAAUGUGAGUUCUGUCUAUGGAUAACGCCAGAUAAUCAGGAAAUUGGAUGUUGUUGCAGUACCUUGCUAUUGUAUGUCCAUGUUGGGGUGGUUGUUCCAACUCUAAGAAAUCCAAUGUAGUAUUCCUUUUAACUAGCUGGGAUGUGGGCAGACAGUCUGGAUUAAAUUGUACUGGAAAUGGCUCAAGAUGGAGGAAAAACAGGUAAGUUAGGCAUGCAAAUGCUAUUUGAGUAGUAAUUUCAAAUAUUCAGUAACCAAAAUUAAAAUAAUUUAAAGUCAUAAUUUAGCUUUCUGUAUAAACCCCGGAGAUACUGUUGUGUAUUCAUUGUCUUACAUUUUCUCCUAUAGCGAUUUCCAUUGCUGGCAAUGGAGCUGCCAAAAAUCAAACCAUGAAAUAACUUUUUGAUAUGUGUAGGCUGAACAUUUAACUUGUGUAAGUAGUAAAGAGUCAUAGUAGUUGUCUUGUGAGUAAAACUUGUUUUCUCAAGAA